UCUAUAUGUAUAAUUACUUAUAAUGUUACUCUCUUAGUUUCUCUUAAAAAAUUUGUAUAAAUAAGACUUUGAAUAAGGCCAUAAGCCAGUCAUUCUUUUGAUUUACAGCGUACCUCAUACAUUUUUCGAACUAAUUAAAAUCACCCCAUUGAAAAUAAUAUAUUUCGGUGUUGUCUUUCAUUUUAUCUGGAACAUUUUUUUAACAUUUGGUGCCGAAACCCGGGAAGAGAGACGGGAAUUAUUCGUUGUAGCAAUGGAGGUGAUAACGCGCGGUACUUUCCGAACAUCGUUGACGAAAAUUGUAAAAGCGGCGUCAGAAUAUUUGGAAACAGAGUGUCAUUUAAAUGAUGAAAACGCGAGUCGGUUCGAAGAAUUCGAGGAAGAACUCGUAACUCUUACUGAACGUUUGACAGCGGUCCAUGAGAAGCUUCGCGAUGCGGAUAAGCAAGUGGUGGCUAAGAAUUUAAUCAAGCCCGAAGAUCAAGAGAGAGAGUUCGAUAGGAUGGCGGAAUACGAGGACACGGCAAUCACGCAUUUAGCCAAGCUAAAUAAUCGCCUACGGAAAUUGCGUCUCAAGCAAAAUCCACUCAACAAUCCAGCCGACACCAUAAACCACAAUAGUUCGAUUCCCCUUGUUGCACCAUCUCAUAAAAGCAACAUACGUCUUCCAAAGCUGCAAUUGAAAAAAUUCGAUGGCAAUAUGCGCGAUUGGAUGCCCUUUUGGGACCAAUUUAAUAGCGCCGUUCAUCAAAAUAAUCAACUGUCGGCAGCCGAAAAAUUUAAUUAUCUUGAGGAUGUGCUGAGUGGGGCGGCGAAGAAAGCUAUAUCUGGUUUUACUGCUACAUCAUCAUGCUACGAUGCAGCAGUUGCAUUGCUGUUAGAACAGUAUGGUGAUACUGAAAAGCUAAUUGACAAUCACAUGCAAAAAUUAAUUUCUCUGAGUCCAGUUACGGUUAAAUCAGAUGUUGUGGGUUUGCGAAAUUUAUACAAUCACGUUUCAACUUCUAUACGUUCUCUUACAUCACUACAAGUCGCUCCACAGAGAUAUGACGUCAUGUUAAAAUCUAUUCUCUUACGCUGCCUACCACCAGAUAUGCGAAUUGAUUACCACAGGAGAAAAAACGGAGAUAGCGGAACAUGUAAAGACGAUGAAGCAGCUGCAGCAGAGACCAGUCAACACAGUGACGAUGCUUCUGAAACACAAACUUCGUUAGGCAUGCAUGACCGUGGUGUGAACAAUAUAUUGCGAUUUCUCAAGAAAGAGGUAGAAGCAUUAGAGAGAAGCAGAGUCACCACCACCAUACCAUCAACACGUACGCAUACAAAGGCAUCCCCAACAACUGCAGCGAGUCUGAUAGGAACGAAGUCGGAAGAGAACGACAAUUGUUUGUUCUGCGAUUCUAAUACUCACCAGACAAAAAAUUGUGAAUCAGUGUCUGUGCAGCAAAAAAGAGAUCUUAUUCGAAAAGACAACCGUUGCUUUCGUUGUGCAAAAAAAGGUCAUAUGUCCAGAAAAUGCCGCAGUAGUAGGUUUCUUAAAUGCACAAAGUGUGGUGGAAAGCAUAUACCUUCGUUGUGCGAGAAGAAGAAAGAAAUUAAAGAAUCGAAAGACGAGAUCAGUUAUGCUACGAGUAUGUGUGUGCAAAAUUCCGUUGACUGUGUUUUUCUUAAAACGGCUCGUUGUAUCGCAGUUGGGAAUAAAGAACAAAGCAGAAUUUUGCGAGUUGUAAUUGAUGGUGGAAGUCAACUUAGUUUUGUUAAGGAAAGCGUGGCUAAAAAAUUAAAUCUUUUAAAGCAAUACAAAACAGUACAGUUGUCCGUGAUGCCUUUUGGAACUAAGCAAAGAACACCAACUAAAUCUUUUAAGAAAAUUAAAUUGCGAGUCCAAAGUCAGUACGCGGAAAAAAUUAUCGAAAUUGAGGUUGUCGUUGUACCCGAGAUUUGUGCCAAUGUGCUAAGCGCUCCAGACCCACUUUGCAAAUCAUUUUGUGGAUUAAAACUGGCUGAUUGUGUCGUCGCAAAUCUCGAAGUUGAGGAAGAGAUUAGUCUUUUAAUCGGUGCAGAUCAUUAUUGGUCUGUUGUUACGGGGAAACAAGAGCGCUUAUCAAGUAGUUUGCGAGCGGUAGAUACGGUUUUCGGUUGGACGCUCCAAGGCACUCACCCGAAUAAAAUGCGUGCUGAGAAAAGUAGUGUUGUGCAGCCGUUGGUAAUUUGCAAUGCCUGCACCACCAGUGAGCAGGAUUUUGCAGCGCUUUGGGCAUUGGAAUCCAUCGGGAUUUUAGGAGAAGCACCAGAGAGAGAGCGCCUAACCGAGGAAAUGACAAGCAAGUAUAUCAAACGAGUCGGCUGUCGUUAUAAAGCCAGCUUGCCAUGGAAAGAGCCGAAUGUUGUGUUUGACAGCAACAAAAGUAUUGCGGUAAGUCGUCUCAAUAGUUUGUUUCAUCGUCUUUCUAGGAAUCCUAGCAAGCUCCAAGAAUACCAUGACAGCAUUCAAAAGAUGGUAGUCGACGGAAUAGCUCAAUGUGUUACACCAACUUCAUCGGCAAAACGGAUCAUUUAUUUGCCUCAUCGCCCCGUGUACAAAGAGGACAGUACGACAACAAAAAUGAGGAUUGUGUUUGACGCUUCCAGUCAGACAGAAGGUUGUCCAUCUUUAAACGAUCAGCUUUUGACUGGUGCAAAUUUGUUACCUGACAUUUUGAAGACGCUUCUGAACUUUCGGCUUGGCAAAGUCGGUCUUGUUGCUGAUAUAGAGAAGGCGUUUUUGCAAAUCCUGUUGAACGAAGCUGACCGAGAUGCCCACAGAUUCAUUUGGUAUACAUCACCGCAGAGUGCAUCAUCGCCAUAUCAAGAGUACCGAAUGACUAGGGUCACAUUUGGUGUCUGUAGCAGCCCGUUUCUUCUAACAGCUACCAUCCGUAGUCAUUUGAGUCAGGAAAAGAAGAGGUUUCCGAGGACUUGCCAAAUGCUUGAAGACAGUUUUUAUAUGGAUGAUCUUGUCAUGAGCGUGAACUCGGAAUCAGAAGGUGAACGAGUUUGGCGAGAGGCUACCGACAUCAUGAGCAGAGCUUCUAUGAACCUCAGAAAAUGGCAUUCAAAUAGUGCUGCUAUUCGGAAUGUAAUCACAGCAGAAGAUUUGCCAACACACCAGAAAGUUUUAGGCCUUAUUUGGAUGGUCUACAGCGACGAAUUGUCCGUGCCUUUGCAAUCAGUCCAAAGUUUCAUCGAACUUCAUUCAUCUCGAGGAUCCAAGCGAAAUAUUUUGUCAGCAUUAGCUCGCAUUUACGAUCCUUUGGGUAUAAUUAGUCCAACCAUUAUAAAAAUUAAAAUAUUAUUCCAGGGAACUUAG